UAGGUUGCGGAGCUUAAACUUGAUUGGCCGCGGGGAUACUUUGCGUAUGAGAGGAUCGGCAAUGAGAUAUACUUAUUUGGGGGAUUUGGCAGUGAUUUGGUUUCAAACAAAUGCCAUAAAGUGGACCUGCUGACGAACAAGUGGACAGAACUGCCACGCAUGGCGCUGGACAGGUGCUAUGCCUCCGCCGUGGCAAUGAAUGGAAGCAUUUACAUCAUCGGAGGACAACUCAAGCGAACGCAAGACAAAACAAGAUCCGUUGAGAGAUUCGACCCUGACGUUGGUGCUUGGAGUGUCGUACCUGAGUUGACGAGCGCCCGUUGCGACGCAGCCUUUGUCAACCUGAACGGCUGGCUUUACGUUUUGGGUGGCUUUGAUGGUCUGAUCGUGCACAGCAGCAUCGAAAAACUGGGCCCUGAUGGCAGGGUGUGGAAUUUCGGGCCUAGAAUGGUGCGUCAACGCAGCAGCCUUGGGGCCGUGGUGUUCGAAGGCCGAAUCUUCGUGUUUGGUGGCUACGACGGUUUCCAGCAAUUGGCGGACGGAGAAGCUCUGGACCCUGAGCUAGGUGCUUGGUCGCUGCUGGCACCCAUGGUCACAGCCAGGAGCAACUUCGGUCUCGCCCGGUCUGAGAGACUUUUCUAUGCGGUCGGAGGCUUUGGAGGGCCCAAGCCUGGUCACCCUUUGGCCGACGUGGAGGUGUAUGAUCCAGAUCUCAAUACAUGGUAUCAGAUUGAAAGCAUGUCUGGUCCUCGUGCAGGGUUGGCUGCCUUCAUCGUUGACAGCCUGCCGCUCGCGUUAAAGGUCUGGGACAAUGCAGAAGGACUGAGAGGCUGCCGCCCUUCAGAAAUUGCUGCUUCAGAGAAUGACGCAUCAUCACUCGAGGAGCCGAUUUUAGAACCACUGCCGCAAGAAUGGCUGCAAAAAUACCAGCAGGAUCAGAAUGCAGCGUCUGCUCCUUCAACCCCACUUUUUGCUAUUACAGAGGUGUAGUAAAAAGUGACGACCAUUAAAAAUAAUUAAAUAUCAAAAUUAAAAUCAAA